AAGGAGGAAAGGGGGAGAGGGAGCGCCUCCCCGCUCGCACGCCGAUUGGCUGCCGCUAAUCGACGGCUCGCCUCCUUCCCCGCAGACGGUCUCCGAGCCCAGGGCGGGGCUCACGCGCUCAAACCCGGCUCCAGAAAAACUUGGGCCGGGUCGACGCAUGGAGCAGUGUGGGAAGGCUGUGCCCGUCGGUGGGAAGCUGAGACGCGGACGGCCGGGUUCCAUCCUCCGGGAACGCCGGUGCGGUUGAGAAGCGUGGCCGGAUUUCACAACGCGGCGCCCGGGGAAGGAUUUGUGGCGACGCGGGAGGAGGAAAGAAGGAGCCUGGUGGUGCUGGAUGAUGUGACAAGUCCCGAGGGAGAACGCGGAAAUCGGAUUUAUUUCCCCGCCGCUGCAGAGCACCCGAGUCGCCGGCUUUGAAGGCUGGCAGGCCUGUGGUGGGGACACACAACAUGGCAGAAGCGCGGCGGGAGAGCACCAGCAGCCUGCAGAGAAAGAAGCCUCCGUGGCUGCGACUGGACAUUCCCACUGCUCAGAUGUCACUGGACGAGCCACCCACGUUUGUUCAGCCGAUAAAGAGGCAGGGCUUCCUGCGCAGCAUCAGCAUGCCGGUGGAGACGUCUCACCUCCAGUCGCCGCCCCGGGACUUCUUUGACAGCCGGCGGCCAGCCUUGCAGCGCCAGUCGUCCAUCACGCAGACCAUCAAGAGCAGCAGGAGGGUUCACUUUGAGCGGAUUAACACAGUGCCCGUCAAGGGUCAGCGAGCUGCCCGCCGCAGCGCCAGGAAGCAUCACUCGCUUUCCAGAACGCUGCUCAGGGGCACGGCCGACUGGUUCGGGGUGAGCAAGGACGGCGACGCCACGCAGAAAUGGCAACGCAAGAGCCUCCGCCACUGCAGCCUGCGCUACGGAAAGCUCAAGCCGCAGGUGAUCCGCGAGAUGGACCUGCCCAGCCAGGACAACAUCUCUUUAGCCAGCACAGAGACGCCGCCUCCCCUAUAUGUGCCCUCCUCGUCGCAUGGCAUGCAAAAGAUCGUCGACCCACUGGCCCGCGGCCGAGCCUUCCGCACGGUCGAGGAGGUUGACGGCUACAGCGUACCGCAGACGCCAAUCACGCCCGGGGCAGCGUCGCUGUGCUCCUUCACCAGCUCGCGCUCAGGCCUCAACCGGAUACCCCGGCGGCGCAAGAGGGAGUCCGUGGCCAAGAUGAGCUUCCGGGCGGCGGCGGCGCUGGUCAAGGGGCGCUCCAUACGGGACAGCACCCUGCGGCGGACCCAUCGACGCAGCUUUACUCCGGCCAGCUUCAUGGAGGAAGACGUCGACUUUCCCGAUGAGCUGGACACGUCCUUCUUUGCCCGAGAUGUUCUGAUGCCCGAAGAGCUGUCCACGUACGCCGAUGAGGUGUUCGAGUCGCCAUCGGAGGCGGCCGUGAAAGAGGCAGAGCGCGGCAACAAGGAUGAGCUGGAGCUGACGGGAAGCGCGCUGGAUAAAACAGCUCUGGAGAGGAGUCACCUGAUGCUACCUUUGGAGCGAGGGUGGCGUAAAGCCAAAGAGGGCGCGCCGGGCCCGCCCAAGGUGCCCUUGCGUCAGGAGGUGGUGAGCGUCAACGGGCAGCGGCGCGGCCAACGCAUCGUGGUGCCCGUCAAGAAGCUUUUCGCCCGUGAGAAGAGGCCGUACGGGCUGGGCAUGGUGGGCAAGCUGACCAACCGCACGUACCGCAAGCGCAUCGACAGCUACGUCAAGCGGCAGAUCGAGGACAUGGACGACCACAGGCCUUUUUUUACAUACUGGAUCACCUUUGUCCACUUGCUGAUCACCAUCCUGGCUGUGUGCAUCUACGGCAUUGCGCCGGUGGGCUUCUCCCAGCACGAGACGGUCGAUUCUGUUUUAAGAAAUAAAGGCGUGUACGAAAAUGUCAAGUUUGUACAGCAGGAGAAUUUCUGGAUCGGGCCGGGCUCGGAGGCGCUGAUCCACCUGGGGGCCAAAUACUCUCCAUGCAUGCGGCAGGACAAGCAAGUGCAUGAGUUCAUCAGGGAAAAACGAGCCAUCGAACGCAACUCGGCGUGCUGCGUGCGCAACGAUCGCUCCGGCUGUGUGCAGACUUCCGAAGAGGAGUGCUCGAGCACUCUGGCUGUGUGGGUGAAGUGGCCGAAGCAUUCCAGCACGCCUCAGUUAAACGGGAAGGACAGACAGUACGGCUCCGUCUGCCGUCAGGACCCCAGGAUAUGUCUGGAGCCCGCCUCGGUCUCGCCGCACGAGUGGCCCGACGACAUCACCAAGUGGCCAAUUUGCACCAGGUACAACACAGGGAACCACACCAACCUGCCUCACAUUGACUGCACCAUCAUGGGCCGACCCUGCUGCAUCGGAACCAAAGGAAGGUGUGAAAUCACAUCGCGGGAAUAUUGUGACUUCAUGAAUGGUUUCUUUCAUGAGGAAGCAACACUCUGCUCCCAAGUGCAUUGCAUGGAUGACGUAUGUGGACUGCUGCCUUUCCUCAACCCUGAGAUCCCGGAUCAGUUUUACAGACUCUGGCUCUCACUCUUUCUGCACGCGGGGAUCCUUCACUGCAUGGUGUCGGUGGCAUUUCAGAUGACCAUCCUGAGGGACCUGGAGAAGCUGGCGGGAUGGCUGCGCAUCUCCAUCAUUUACAUCGUCAGCGGCAUCACCGGCAACCUGGCGUCGGCCAUCUUCCUGCCAUACAGAGCCGAGGUGGGACCAGCGGGCUCUCAGUUCGGCAUCCUGGCCUGCUUGUUCGUGGAGUUGUUCCAGAGCUGGCAGAUCCUGGCGCAGCCUUGGCACGCCUUUACCAAGCUGCUGUGCGUGGUGCUCUUCCUGUUCGCCUUCGGCCUGCUGCCGUGGAUCGACAACUUUGCGCACUUCAGCGGCUUCGUGUCGGGCUUCUUCCUGUCCUUCGCCUUCCUGCCCUACAUCAGCUUCGGCCGCAUGGACCUGUACCGCAAGCGUUGCCAGAUCAUCGUUUUCCUGCUUGUGUUUGUGGGCCUCUUCUCGGGCCUGGCCGUGCUCUUCUACGUCUACCCCAUCAAGUGCGAGUGGUGCGAACUGCUCACCUGCAUCCCCUUCACGGACAAAUUUUGCGAGAAGUACGACCUCAACGCGCACCUCCAUUGAGGGCACCCUCCCCCUCUCCCACACACACACACACGAAUCAGGUCAGAACGGGACGUUUAAAAACCACUUGAACUCAAGAUAUUCUACUCUCGUCAGUGUAAAACCCACGUCACCUUUUUUAAUCAGCCCCCUGCUCACCCACCACUGUGCACUCCUUAUGAGGUUCAGCACUUCACCAGGUGUCGGAAGUACUGAAAGCCACUGCUGGUACACAGGAGAGAACGAGCUAAUCAUUGUCAUUUGUGUUUCACUCUUAAUGUGGAGUUUUUAAACAGGAGGAGGAUCAGUGCCAAAUGCGGGGGGUGGGGGGGGGGGGGGGGGGGUAUAAUCUGAUUUAACAUUCAACUUACUGCUUUUUAAACACAUUUAGGUUAAAAUUCAAACAUCAAACAGGACAUUGUCAUUAACAAUGGUCAACCUCCGUAAUUGCUACUUAAAUCAGAAUUCUUCCAUCCAUUUUCUGAGCCGCUCCUCCUCACUAGUGUCGCGGGCGUGCUGGAGCCUAUCCCAGCUGUCAUCGGGCAGGAGGCGGGGUACACCCUGAACUGGUCGCCAGCCAAUCAAUCAGAAUUCUUUCCAUAUAAUUAUGAUUUGAUUCCUUGUACUUCCACGACAGCACUUAACAAAAUACACAAUGCCACUGAACGCAGAAUUCUGUCUCUUAAUACUAAUUCUAAUAGUAGAAUUCUUUAUUUUCUACUAGAGCACUAAAAAAAAAAAAAACACACAUUUUCUUUUUCCACAUCCCAGUUCCUACCUAAAACAUUUUCAUCAAUUUGGACCUUAUACUUCAACUGGAACUUAAUGCUUACCUUUUACAGCUUUUUGAAAUACUAAUUUUUUGGGACAAUAUUUAUACAAUAACUUCAAAUUUACUAUUUCCACAUUAGAGUCUACCUAAAACAGUAUUUGGGGACUUUUUCAUCAAUUUAAACCUUAUACUUCUUUGAGAGCAUUAAAGAAAAAAACUUGAUAAUUAUUAUUUGUAACUUGUUCAUAUUUUUGGAAAAUAUAGUUGUACAAUUAACUUCAAAUGUGUUCCCCCCACCCCACAUUUACCUGAAACACUGCAUUUUCACAUUUUUAUCAAUUGAUAUUUGUUCUUCAGCACUUAAAAAUGGCCUUUACAUUCUUAAUUCUCAUCAUUCCAACCGAAAACACAUCACUAUGACUCAGUGAAAUACACUCUUAAUAGUUUGUUCAUGUUUGCACCUGAAACUCCUACUAGAGCACUCACAAAUGAAAAAUUUACUCAUCAUAUUUUACAAAAAACAACAAUAUUUCUUCAUUUAAAAAAAUGUCUUCACGUGUUUGGACAUUAUACUUUACACUAUGGUGUUAUAACCCCUCUUGUAAAAUGCCGAAUUGUGACAUUUUAAAAUCUAUUUCAUGACUUCACACUCAAUUUGCAUGUCGUACUUUUACUACAACAGCAAAAUAAUUGCAACCUUUUUGAAACCAACACAAUUUGAAUGUUAAUGAUCCAAUUUCCACACUUGGUUCUCAUCCUCUUCCACAGAACUCUUUCAGGCAACCUCAAACUGACAGCAGGGACGACGACAAAAAAUAGAAAUCCAAUAUUAAAACCUUUGGUGCCUUGUUGAAAGAGAAAUGUACCAACUACUACUGCCAUAUUGUUUGUUACAUUAUGCUGAGCACUCAAAUGUUUUUCUUUUCCUCGUAUUUUGUGUUAUUGCUUCUCCAGAAGUGAUGUUCGUCUUGAACACGGUAGCGUUUUAGCUGCCUGUCAACUCACAUGUAACUGAAAACAACAGUAAAAAGAGAGAAAAAAAACAAAUGAUAAAAUGA